AUGAUGAACAUCUUUUAUUUUGCUGCAUGCAAUCAACCAAAUAGUGGGUAAUGAUCAACCAUGAUUGUUGUUAAAAACGAUCGAUGCCAAAAGUUCAAGUCUAAAAUUAAUGGCUGCAAGUCAGCAGAGCCUUGCAGCUCUCUGCUCACUCUUGCAGCUACCAAUAGCUAGCGUUCUAGUGCAGAGCUAACUACUAAGUAGAGUAGUAACACUCAGUGAACAAGUUUUGCUACGGACUCUUCUGAAAAGGCUGCAAUGGCAUUCCAAGUAAGCAAAACUAGGCAUAACUCGAGAAUGAAGCAUUAUUUUGCAAAUCCACGAAUUAAAAUCCAAGUAAACAUGACUAGAAGCCUAUAGAAACUCUUACUUGCACUUGAUUCAUCCUUGAGCAGCUGUAGCGGUCUACACACACACACAGACACACAAACACACUACCGUAUACCUCGCUUGCGCAUGCGCACCGAGGCAUAAUGACAACACUACUGACUAUUGUAACCAACUGAACUGCCCUCCAUGGAUGCAAACAAAGGGCUCAGAGUGUGUGUGCAGGAAUGACCUCCCUUUUGACUUCUCCUGUAAAGAUGGAACUGCCUACCUCGAUAUUGCGAGCUGUAUAAGUAUUGAUAAGAAUGAUACCGUAUCUGUUGGUGAAUGUGCAUACAAUUACCAAAAUGUGUCUGCUGACUUUGCUGUGGAGUUGCCGUCAAAUUUGUCCAUUUGUGAACUAAAUGCUGUGUUUUGUGAUCCCCUCAAUAGAGAGGGCAUUCUGUGUCAUCGUUGUAAGGAAGGAUUUGGUGUGGCUCCACUGUCAUUGGAAUACACCUGUGUCGAGUGCCCUGACAACACUGCUGGGUGGUUGGUGCUGUUCCUAGUGCUUCAAUUCGGACCUGUCACCAUCUUCUACCUGAUUAACUUGGUCUGGCAGGUCUCCUUUGCUAGAGCUCCUUUCAAGUGUUUUGUGUUCUUUAGUCAAAUUGUAUUUUGGUUCAUGACUUCACGUGAUAGUAGAGUACUUACAAAUAACCUGAAUGUAUUUGCUAGGGUCUGUUUCUAUGCUCUCGAGUUCCUUAACGGUAUCUGGAGUCUUAACUUUGUGUCUGUAUUUCCACCUUUCUGCAUUAGUACGUCUUUCACAAACAUUCAUUUUGUGUAUCUCCAAUACUUAGUGGCAGUCUACCCUUUGUUUCUCAUUGCUUUGACACUCGUACUGUAUAAACUUCAUGAGCGAAACUUUAAGCCUGUGGUAAUCCUCUGGAAGCCAUUUCACAGAUGUUUUAUCUCCACAAGGACAAUGUGGGACUACAAGAGCUCAAUUGUGAACGUAUUUGUCAACUUUUGCUUAUUCUCAUUGUCUAACAUUAUUUCUAUUGUUUUUACGAGUUUUGUUUUCUCGGAAAAGUACAAUCUUUGUGUAGCUGACCAAGUGGAACUGUCGGUAUGGGUGGAUCCAUCUACUCCUUACCCAGAUCCUGUCCUGCUCAGUCUGUCUCUUGUGUUCUCCAUAGCUACCAUCACUGUCAUCAUGCUGGUUGGUUGCUAUCCACUGAAGUGCAUGAAGCUAUGUUUUAAGCGUUGUUGCCGAUCUCAACUCUUCCUCUAUUUUCAAGCAUUUUUCGAUGACUUCACCUCCAGUUAUAAAGACGGUACUACUGAAGGCUCUUGCUGUAAUUUACAGCAUCUUGUGGUCAUGUACCCCGUUCUUAUAAUUUUAUCCAGAGUGCUUAUUUUGGGUUCCUCGAUAAUCACUAGUCUUUUGUUCCCUGUAAUGUACUCGCUACUUCUCUUCUUACUCGCCAUGUUUGUGGCUCUGGUUCGCCCCUACAAGAAGUCUAGUGACAAUGUGAUUGAAUCCCUGCUCAAUUUUUUAUUGGCUCUAGUACUUGUAAUAAUUAGUCUACACCACAACUUUAGUAGUAUCUUGCUUGCGUAUGUAGCCUUUCUUCUAGUCACCAUACCCCAUGGAUGUUUCGUAGUGUUCAUUGUUUACAGUGUGUGCAAGAAGUACAAGAGAUAUUGUGACUGUGGUUGUAAAGAAAAGAAAGAAGUGAUGGAGGACAAAGAAUUGCCCGACAGAUUUGUCAACGCUGAGAACUACACACAACGCAAUGCCCCAAAACCCACAAUAGGCAGAGUCAUCUUAUAAUAUGAAUUAUUUUGUGUGUUUUGAUAAUACUCUUUACCAAGUUUCGAUUAUGUCACCCUAACUGUUUGCUUGUAUAUUGCGUGUGUAAUAGUACUUCUCUGUAUUGGGGACACAGCUCUUGCAUGUAUGAUCAGUUAAUUGUCUAGUCCUGUGAUUACCUAAUCCAUCUCGUGUCCUCUUGUAUAAUACCCACCAUGGCAGUAGUUAUUUAAAUUGAACGGCCAUAAGUUUAGUUCCGUUUAGGUCCAACCACAGUGAUAACUAUACAUGUAUGAGGGUAAUGUAUAUACUAGUAGCCUUGUUGUGUCCAUGUCACCCACUAAGUUUGUAGGAGGCUACUGUAUGUCGUGUUUUGAUUGCAAAUUGGGAGUUUUCGAAACGAAUGACAUGCAAGGAGUGAGCAUGCACAUUAGUUAGAAACACAAUACGGCUUUUACAGUGUCAUUUGCAAAUCAGUA